GAGAUGCUUAGAGAAGUGAGUUAUGAGAAAAGUUGUGCAUUGGAGCUUUUCCUCGACUCAAACAGGCAGAGCACAUACGGGGAUUAAUAACUUUUGACAUAAAUGGCGGAGGAACUAUUAGUGGAAAAAGCUGUAACGUUCAGCACGCAUCUUACAAAGUCAUUGCUGGCAGUGGCUUUUCUGUCCUCAUUUGGAAGCUCCAUGCUCUACGGCUACAAUUUGGCAGUCGUCAACUCUCCGGCACAGUACAUCAAAGACUUCUACAAUGAGACGCUGGUGGAAAUUUACGACUGGACUGUAGACGAGGAGCUCCUCACCGUCUUGUACUCCCUCACCGUGUCCAUCUUUGCUAUUGGCGGGAUGUGCGGGGCCCUGCUGGUGGGCAAACUUGUUACCAAAUAUGGAAGGAAAGGGACGCUGGUGAGAGCCUCGGUGCUGGUGUUUAUAGGAGCAGCUCUAAUGGGCUUCAGCAGAGGGUGCAGGAUGCCUAUGAUGGUCAUUCUUGGACGCUUCAUUGUAGGAGUACACUCAGGAAUCUCUCUCAGUGUGGUGCCCAUGUACCUCGGUGAGAUUGCCCCAAAGAACCUUCGAGGUUUUCUUGGCCUGGUUCCCAGCAUUCACAUUUGUCUCGGAGUCUUCUGCGCUCAGGUUCUGGGACUGCACGAGCUUCUGGGAAAGGAAAAACACUGGCCUCUGCUCCUUUCCCUGAUAGUGUUUCCAACUUUGGUCCAGUUGAUGCUGUUGCCAUGGUUUCCAGAGAGUCCACGGUACCUGUUGAUAGAGAAGGGAAAUGUUCAUGCCACCAUCGCAGCCCUUAAGUGGUUCCGUACUAAAGGCAACAUCCAGACAGAGGUUGAGGAGAUGCAGGAGGAGCAGCGCUCUCUGUCCUCGGUUCAAACCCUCUCCGUCCGAGGCCUGCUCGCAGACCGCUGUGUUCGCUGGCAGGUCAUCACCAUUUCAGUGGUCAACGUCGGCAUGCAGCUGUCCGGCAUUGACGCAAUCUGGUUCUACACCAAUGAAAUAUUUAAGAACGCAGGAAUCCCAGACCCUUACAUUCAGUACACCACAGUGGGAACUGGUGCCAUUGAGGUCAUCUCUGGGAUGCUCGGGUGUUUCACUAUCGAACGUCUGGGCAGACGACCUCUGAUGAUCGGCGGCUUCCUUUUUAUGGGACUCUGCUGUUGCGGGAUCACAGUGUCUAUCCUCUUUCAGACACAGCUGUCCUUCAUGCGCUACAUCAGUGUGGCCUGCGUCGUUGGAAUAAUUGCUGGCUUCUGCAUAGGUCCAGCUGGUGUGCCAUUCCUGAUCACUGCUGAGCUCUUUAAGCAGUCUCACCGGCCGGCGGCCUACACGGUGGCAGGAUGUCUCAACUGGAUGUCCAACUUCACCAUUGGCUUUGUCUUUCCUUUCCUAGAGAUCGCUACAGGUCCUUACUGUUACCUGAUCUUCUGUGCGAUCUGCUUGGGAGUGGCCGUCUACACCAUCUUCAUUAUCCCUGAGACCAAGAACAAAACCUUUAUGGAAAUCAGCCAGAUGUUUGCUGUCAAGAACGACAUGCUGAAUGAAGAGUUGACUAGUAAUGGCCUUCUCAAAUUAGCCAUGAUGAACGGCUAUGGAACCCUUGAAGAGGAAAAAAACUGAAGUCAUGAGAUAAACGAUCGUUUCCAGGUAGAUGACAGCAGUGGAACUUUUGUUGCCACCAAUGCAUCUAUUCUGACAGCGGUCACUAUCUGAACACAACACAGAUCCUGUUUUAACAGUAAAUCCACAGUGGAAGUGUAUCUCAACAUUUGACACAGGUAAUGCAUGAGACGCAGUCAUGCGUUUCAAAUCAACCAUCAGUGACAUUUUAAUCAAUUUCUCUGCAUCUUAAAGCAUUUUUAUGGGAGCUAAGUUGAUUUCAGAAGACAGUUUUUUAAGAAGGUUUUAAUUUCCACAUUAGCUUCACAUUGUGUAAACACAUGAUGAUCAUUUUGUGAUUCAUAGUCAGUGUUGAAUGUUCUCCCUUUGUUUCUUAAUUCAGAGUUUAAAUGUUUAUCUAGUGACACGGCAAUAACUCCUCUGCGGGCUGUCCAUCCAGAAGUCCAUCCUGAUGUGUCACUCAAAUGUAACAUUUGCUGUUAGACUGAAUAUCCCGACGAACAAUGUGAGCUUGUGUUUGUUGUUUCUCUCUCUCAGAUUGUUAUUUUGUGUCUCUUAACAUAAGAGAUGUGGAUAUCAACGGCUACUGUAGUAGUCAUCUGUCCGAUUAUACGCACGCAUGUAUGUAAAGCUUCUUAAAGAGUUUUUAUUUAUCAGUAUAUCACAUAUAGGUAGCUGUACAACUUUGCUUGCAGGUUCUUUUACUGCUGUGUUGUUUGAAAGGAGCUCUUUGUAAAAUAAUUCACGGAGUCAUUGAGAAUGAGAGAUAAAAAGUGAAGACCUUUCUCUAAUAAACAUUUGUUUAAA